AAAACAUCAAAGAAAAAAUUAAACAAAAUUUUAAAAUUAUUUUAUUCACAUUAUUUCAUUUAAUGCCUAUAUUUCCUCAAUUAUAAAAAAAUAUAUAUAUAUAAAUGCGUUAUUAUUUACACGACGAAGUGGUUUUACAUAAUAAAAAAGAUGAUUUCUGGGUAGUGUUGCAUGGUAAUGUAUUGGAUCUAACGCCAUUUCUAAAAGACCGUUACGAUCAUUGGAAUAGUAAUUUGGAAUAUUUGCUAGCCUUCGGCGGCAAAGAUCUUUCGCACUUCUUCGAGGAAACACUCAUGCCGAAAACGGAAACUUCACCAGUCACAGGACGACCACGUCUGCUCUUUCCACCGAUACUGGAAACAGCGCUCAGCGAAAUGUGCAAGACACGUGGUAAGAUUUGGAGUCAAGAUCCGAAGUAUCACAUUGGCCGUUUGACGCGUCGUGAUCGGCGUGUACGCAUAAUCAAUACGCUCACGGGCACUACGCAGCUGAUGAAAGUUUGCGAUGAGGACACGAUCUAUGAUAUAAAGAAUAAAUAUAAACAGUUAUUCAAUCAUCAUGCUGGGAGUUAUAUGUGGCGCAAGUUCUCGAAGAGAGGUCAAUGCGGUGGUAAAUUGAAUAUGAAGGGCACUUUGGAUGAGAAUGGUUUGUUCGAGGAGGAGGGCUGUCGCUUUGACUUGCCACCACCCUCGAUAUGGUUGUAUUACACUAAUGAUGUGACUAUUGCGUAAAUUUUGAGAAUUUAAUUUCAACGAAUAAACUUAUUUUUCCUUUUUGAAUUAUACAAAAUAAAAA